AUCGACAAAAGAGUGGCUUUUCUUCGGGAAACGGCGUCUGAAUUGGAGGACGAGAAGCGAAAGUUAUAUCGAGUCCUCAAUUCAAUCAUUACGAGCGAUGAAUUGGAUUCUAUAGGAGAAGUCGAAAGGGAAGAAAUUAAGAUAACAUCUCAUGGAUUACUAUAUCGAUUGGAUAGCGUCGACAUCAACCUUAAGAUUACCAGAACUGUGACACAAGAGAAAGCACUCGAGAAUGUGAACACAUUUAUUGAUAAACUGUCCGAUUGUGUCAAAAAUGAUAGGGGAUGUGCGAAACAGUUGUGUCAGACCUACUUAAGCUCCUGUUCCUCAGAUCAUUUCAAACCACUUCCAGUCGACGAACAGUUCCAGAAGACUGUCAUCGGAUGCAGUCUUGACGACCAGAAGAAGAUUAAGAAAAAACUGCAAAACAUAUUCUCGAGUUUAUGAAGCAAUCGAUUUGACGAUAAAUUAUAAAUCAAUUCA